AUGCCUUCCUGGAACGACGAGGAAACUAGCUCGGAGGAGGAGUGCGAGGUCGUCAGCAUGGACAUGGGACUUAUGGAACCAGACACCACUGUGGAGCUUCUUUUCUGUGGCCAACUUGAGCUUGCUCAUCCCAAGUGCAUUCUGCAUCAAAUGAGGCCUAUUAAGCGUGUUGCUUUUGAAGGGCCUGAAAAUGGUGUGAAUUGUGGUGUUGUAGAGUGGGUUGAUGGGCCUUGGCCGACUGUUCUUCAGAGAUGUUUGUGCAAGCUAUGGGAGAUGUUCCAUGAGCAGAACUUUGGAAGGGUACAGGACAAGGAGAAGUUUGAGAAGGAGUUGGCCAGGCUUAAGAGUGAACAUGAAAGGGAGUUGGCCAAGCUUAGGACUGAAAAUGACAAGCUUUGCAUUGAGUACACCAAGCUUGUUGAUGAUGUAUCCAAGAUGUUUGAUUGGCAUGAUGGUAGGGUGGACAAGAAGGUGCACCAGAAACAAGUGGAGGAGGAAGAACUUGAGAAGAAGAAGAAGGAGCUAGAGGAGAAAGCUAUGUUGGAGGUGCAGAUGGAAAAGCUCAAACUUGCAAAAGAACAGAGGUGCAUUUUGCAGAGCCAAGCUGAUGUUCUUAAGAAGGAGAAGGCAAAGCUUGAGCUUGUUGUUGUUGAGCUGCUGAAAGAAGGGUAUGGCAGCAAGGAGAAGUUAGAGCAAAUCAAGGCCAUCCUUGAGUCUUGA